CAACAUCUAUAAAUUCCUCUGAAAACAGCACAUGCUAGUUGAAUUGAAAUUUGAUCCCACAACCAUGCCUGAUCCGCCCCCCCACGUCCUCUACACCAGGGAGCUUAUCCACAAAGGCCGUGGCUAUCCAUUUUGGUAUCCAGAACCAGAUCCUAUCGCACCGGAUGAGGUCAAGGAAAGAGGCAUACAUCCUGGAGAUGUCGGAAUCAUUAACAAACAUGGAGGCUUCGACUUUCUCUUCAGCAUCUUCAGGAAUGCUAACGGCCGGGUCGUCGGAAAUGCACCUGAAAGCUUUCAGCCGGCCUCUGUAUCCGACCAACGAGAUGUACAAGUUUAUCCGGCGCAUGGGAAUGUUCUUAAAAGUGAACAUGUAUCCUGCAGAGAGGUUUCAGUAGAUGCUUCUGCUCAAGGUUUACCCAGCACUGUGGAUGCUGGCAUGUCCUUCGAUGUUAGUACCUCAGAUGUUUCCGCAGCAAUCUUGUGCCUUCCAGAUUAUUCUGUGAGGUAUGAGGCUGUGAACGAAGCCUUCUUCGAAGACUACGCCCGACAAUAUGGAGUAUCAUGGUACAACCAUGUCAACGGAACCUUGCGUCGGAAGGUGCAAAACGGUUUUUUAUAUCUUAUAACUGGGUGUGACAAAACAAAUACUUGGGGGAACGCAGUCGUCAGCAGGACAGAUCAGUCAUUCACGUUUUCUCUGAGGUGUACAUUGGCAAAUGUGGGUGGGGUAACAGUUAAAGUUGCAAACUCGUGGAUCGAUGAUGCUGGAGUGGAAAAUGGCUUAUUCCCGAUUCCUUCCGCCCACUACCCUUAUCCAAUAGGUCUUCAGAACCAGUGUGUAUUUGCACGUGGUUUUACCAUUUCGCUUUCAGAAAAACUGUUCCGCAAAACUUGGCGGGCAGUUCCUCAUUCCAUCAAAGGCUCCUCCGAAGAUAGGAUUCCCUCUUUCGAUAGCAAGGCAUCACCUCUCCCGCCGAGCGAUGGAAGGACUGGAUUUUCGACUUAUCUUUCCUCGUUCAUUGGUUCCAAGACGGUACCGAACAACUCGGACUCAGAUCAGAGAAGGGUGAUGGCAGAGAGCACUGACUCCCAUGGGUCGUUUGCCGUAGAAGUAUCUGAAUUUCCACCUGGGGGAAACUGGACCUUGAAUCCUUCGAUGGUAAUGAAUGAAUAUCUGUUGAGCAAGGACCCUUCCCUCGAGAUAGUAGUCACGCAUGACAAAGAGUGGAUGUACGUCAUGGAAAAGUACGAGAAGGAUACGUACUUAACAGAAGAAGAGCUCUGGUGCAAAUUAAAAGAUUCGUUGGAUGUCAAGCUGUCCAGCAAUGUUAGCGUGCCACCAAAGCUUCCUUCAGAAAGAAUGUCAUCAGGACAGCGCUUACGCCUCAAAGAUGAACGUCAAUUUUGGGCCGUUCUCAUCGGUAUUGACGCAUAUUCAACCACUCCACUACGCGGUUGUGUAUCGGAUGCAAGGGAAAUGGCCAAAUAUCUGAUCGGAGACCUCGGUGUCCCAGAAGAUCAUAUUCAGUACCUUCUGGGUGCCAGCUCACCGCCGUAUUCUCAGUCAGAUGAUGGCUACAUCCAUUCUCCUGAAGACUUCGUACAAAGCUAUCCCAACGUUGACUCCGAAGGCAACGAUUCCUCCAUCCCCACCCGUGAUAAUAUAAUCAAAACACUUCUUGGUUUAUCUACUGACGACCGGAUACGGAAAGGCGACAAUAUUAUCAUCUACUUUGCCGGAAAGGGUUCAAUCUACCUUAAUAGGGACUAUUUCCCCAAGGGUACUCUUGAAUGGUACGGAAGCAACAUAGCAUUGUGCCCCGUGGAUCGCACUACUCCCCAUGAUAAUGGUGUCGGUGUCAUCCCCGACAUUAGCGAUCGAGAGAUAAAUAUCAUUCUCAGUGAAAUUGCUAGCACUAAGGGAUGUCAUAUCACCGUCAUUCUUGACUGCUGUCACUCCUCAGGUGCCACCAGGGGUACCUCUGGGUCUUUACCCUGGUACCAUGCCGACCCACCGCCGUCUACUUCUGAAGGAAAAUCGGUUCCUGAUGUGGGGUCCCACUCCUCUGGUACCACCAGAGAUCUGAGUGCUGAGCGCCGCGCCGCCCCUCUACCGUAUCCUUCAUUGAAAGAUAUGUUUGACGCUGCGGAUAAAGAUUUACAGAAGCAUGGGUCUGUGUAUGACGAAAAAUGGGUCCCUGAUAUGAAGUCACACGUUGUUCUAGCCGCAUAUCAAGGGUAUCAACCCGCAAAGGAGCGGAAGGGACCGAACGGAUACAACGGGGUUUUUACGCGAGCACUCAUUAAGGCUCUCAAAUCGGAUGCCUUGAAAGAACAUUUGACAUAUGAUGAUCUCAUUAGGCACAUUAAUGUUUUGAACAGGUCUUUGAAUGUCGAGCAAAAGGCGAUCGCCGCUGGGAAACAUAAAAAUACACGACUUUGGUAUCAGGAUUCCAGCGAUAUCUAAUAGCCAUAUACCAUCAUUGGCUAGCCGUAUUUCGGAUCUGGCUAUCAACAUUUACUUGCAUCCAG